CUCGGCUGGCAACCCCAUUCGUCUCGUCUCUACACACACAAGCACAUUCGAAACAUGGCGGAUAGGCACUACUAACCCACAUCAGAAAAUACACAAACCCACCUCAAGGAAGAGGGAGGGAACUGCUCGCCUAUGUUUGGACGCAAUCCCUUGAGUUGGCGCAAGAAAAAGGCGCAAUUCUUUUGAAAGAAAUCACAACUGAAGGCGGCACAUUUCAACAGUUAUGCAAGAUUGAGGGUGCAUCUCUGUUCAGGGAUUGGUUAUAGCUGGACAAUGAAGAAGCCAGUACCACAAAAAGCUAUUGAGUGGAAGGAUGGAAGACGAAUCAAACAUCCACGCAGCGGCCGACCGUCGCGGGUGCCAUCUCAAUACCAAGCAGGCCACUUUAGCUGGGACAAAUACCUGAAGGAGACGGGUGCUACUGCUGCUCCAGCCCACUGCUUCAGACAGAGCACCACCCCUCCGCUGAACGAGUUCAAAGCGGGCAUGAAGCUGGAGGCACAGGACCCGCGGAACACCACCUCCACCUGCAUCGCCACAGUGGUGGGGCUGACGGGCGCUCGCCUCCGCCUCCGGCUCGAUGGCAGCGACAAUAAGAACGACUUUUGGCGCCUUGUGGACUCGUCUGAGAUCCAGCCCAUCGGCAGCUGCGAGAAGAAUGGAGGCAUGCUUCAGCCCCCUCUGGGCUUUCGCCUGAACGCCUCGUCGUGGCCCAUGUUCCUGCUGAAAACCCUCAAUGGAGCUGAGAUGGCCCCGGCACGUAUCUUUCACAAGCAGGAGCCGCCCGUCCCAGAGCAGAACUCCUUCCAGGUGGGCAUGAAGCUGGAGGCAGUGGACCGCAAGAACCCGCACUUCAUCUGCCCCGCCACCGUUGGGGCACUGCGCGGCGUGGAGGUGCUGGUCACCUUCGACGGCUGGCGCGGCGCCUUCGACUACUACUGCCGCUACGACUCACGCGACAUCUUCCCUGUGGGCUGGUGCGCCAUGACUGGAGACAACCUGCAGCCGCCCGGCACCAAAGUGGGUCUGCCUAAAUCUCUGGGAGCUCCAACAGACGGCACGGUGGAGGUCACGACAGCAUUGGUCCCCACGCCCGGCCGGCCCCCAGGGCAGAGGGGCCGCAAGCCGGGCCGCAAGAAAGCCAAACUGCCCGACGCCUGGCUCCAGAAGGGGGCGCAAUUGGGGCCGCAGGCCACCCAGGCACAGGCCACAGAGAAGAGUCUGGAGCCCCCCGUCAAAAUCCCCAAGAAGAGAGGCCCCAAGCCCGGCAGCAAGCUUGGCUGGGCGAAACGCGCGGCGUGGUUAGACGGAGCAAUGGCUGGUCCUGGACGGCCGGCCACCAAACCCCGUGGUCGUGUGCCAGCCAACUGGACCCAGCGGCUGCAGCAGGUGCAGGCGGGCCAGGCUGACGUGCCCAUCAAGAUCCCAAAGAAGAGAGGCCCCAAACCCGGCAGCAAGAGGAAACCGCGGGUGCCCCCCAAUCCCAUGCCCACGUCCCCCACCUGUAGCACGCCUGAACCUGACACCAGCUCAGUGCCCCUGGAUAACGCCACCAUCCCCAGUUCAGCCCUGCAGGCCCCUACAGUGUGUGUGUACCUGAAUAAGUACGGGAAGGUCGGUCCUCACCUGGACUCCCGUAAGGUUCUGCAGCUGCCGGACCACUUCGGGCCGGGCCGUGCCUCCUCUGUGCUGCAGCAGUGUGUGCAGGCAUGCGUGGACUGUGCCCACAACCAGGGCUCCGUCUUCUCCUGCCUCAAACCUGGCCACGGCGGCGAGGUCAUCUCAGCGUACUUUGAGCAGCAACACCACACGCUAACGCUGCCCACGGUGAGCAGUGUGACCUACGUGCUGCGCUUCCUGGAGAAGCUCUGCCACAACCUGCACUGUGACCCGCUGUUCGGCAGUCAGCCCGUGCUCCAGGGGGCGCUUCACUACGACAGCCACGCGUACCCAGAGAGGGGCAGUUUUGGGGAGACGCAUCCCUCUGGCCCGGGCCGAGGCACCAAGAGGUACCCUCAGGACGCCUACGGCAACAGCCCCGUUCCCCACAAACUUCCUAAGAAGCGCCACUCCUCAGAAGGCGAGCCCUACCAUUUGGAGAACGGAGUGGGGCGGUCGGAACACUCGGAGAAGACGCCUGUGUCCCCGAGCUCAACUGGGAAACCCCUGGCCCUCUGCUCGCUCUCCCAGAGAGGAAGCCCAGGGAAGCUCUUCCGUCUGGGCUCAACAGGGUCGGCUAGCUUUGCGGGGUCCAGAGAGAGCCCAAGGCCCAGCUGCCAGGACCCCAACCUGUGGACGGUGGAGGACGUGAUGCAGUUCAUCCGCGACAUCGACCCCUUGCUUGGGCCGCACGCCGACCUCUUCCGCAAACAUGAGAUUGACGGCAAGGCCCUCCUAUUAUUGCGCAGCGACAUGAUGAUGAAAUACAUGGGCCUGAAGCUGGGGCCCGCCCUCAAGCUCACCUUCCACAUCGAUAGGCUGAAGCAAGGUCGUCCCUGAGUGUCCUGCGCCCCUGUCUACCCUGCAUUACCAAUCUCCAGUCCCCACCCCCUCUCGCCUAUCAGAAGGUCAACACAUAUCAUGUAGCACUUCAUUCCCAAGCUCUGUUCGAGCUACCCCCCAAAAAAACAAACCCCUUUACUAUCAAGUCCACCAUUCAAAUCAAACUCAGCCACUGUGCUCUACCACACACUGCCCAGUGACGACCACGUUGGGUCUCUUGUCUUGUGUAGAACAGUCCAGUUCAUUGGAAUCUUGGGAAAUAACCCCAGCCAUGCCUCAGUCUCCUAUGUUCUUCAGAACGUUCAGCACUUACUUACAGAUUCACUGAUAUUCUCCAGUGUUCUCCAGCAUUCUCCAGAGUUCUCCAGGCCGUUCAGGGCCCCAACCAAGGACUUGAGUUAUGAAGUUACACAGCAAAGGAGGAAGAGCAAAAUUGGGCCAUUUUCAGGGCCUGUUUUUUUAAUACCGUUUUUUUUUUUAUAAUGUCUUCUAUAUUUUAUAUCCCUCUCAUAGUAAGGGGCCUGCAAUUUGUUAUUUGUUCAAGAAGUUUGUACCAGACUGAUUUUCUUUUCUGACAAACUUCUUCUAACAGACAAACACUAGGAUUCAUGAUCUACAGCAUGUGAUCAACUCCAAUGUCUCAUCAUAAGGCACCGUUCUUUUCUCUACACAUUAAAACUGCCACCGCGAUCAUCAGAUCAAACAGACCCACAGUACGCACAUCACAAAAAAGAGCUGCCGUAACACACCUCUCCUCUCUUUUUAUCUUUCUAUGAAUGUUUACAUUGUCCUUUUGUCUUAUGUCUUCAUUUGUAUUUUCAAAAUUUUAUACUAUAUUGUUAGAGUUCAUACAUUUAAAAGUGUUGUCAUACUUGUAACUGUUCAAUAAAAAAAACAAGUGUUUCUA